AUGCCUAUUUCUAUUGGAAAAUUUUUUUCACGAUUUAAAGAUAUUAACGAUCAAUUUCAUGGAAAUAGUUAUACUUCUAUUUCUACUCAAGAUCCAAAUGAUGUAUUAAUUAGUCAAGAAAUUAACAGAAUUCCUACAUCAUAUUCUAUGAGUUUUCUUGAAAAAAAAACAUUUUUUACACCAUCAGUACAUGAUGGUACUGUUGGUUGUUUAGCUGCUGUAAGACCAGGAAUGGUUAUAAGUGGUGGUUCUGAUUCCGUUAUAUCAUUAAAUAAUAUUGACACUGGUAAAUGUGUAUUAAAAUGGUUAGGACAUUUAAAUGAAAUUACAAAAGUAGGAUAUAAAAAUACUGGAGGAAAACAUUAUAUAUUAUCUGGAUCUCGUGAUGCUACUUUAAAAUUAUGGCAAUUUAAUAAACAAACAACUGAACAAACUUUUAAGGGACAUAAUUUAACUAUAACAGGACUUGCAAUACUUGAAGAUGGUAAGAUAAUAUCAGGCUCAAGAGACACAACAUUAAAAUUAUGGGAUAUAAAUACUGGAAAAAUAAUAUACCAAGUUGAAAGAUCUCGUAACUUAGUAACUCAUAUGAGCUUAUCUAGUGCAACAAAUAAAAUAGCUCAAAGUUCCGAGGAUAAAGAAAUCAAAAUAUGGGAUGUUAAAAAUUUAGAAUUAAUUAAUGUUAUGCCAAAAAAAAAUCAUAUACAAACACAUGUUGAUAUAAGUACAGAUGGUUUUUAUUGUUUGUCAACAUCAAAUGGUUUUAAUGGUGAUGGAUGUGAAAUAACAUUAUGGGAUUUGAGGACAAAUAAAAUUUUAAGGGAAUUUAAAGGUCAUGAAACAUCUGUUACAUCAGCAGUUUUUUUACCACAACAAAUAACAUGGAAAAAAUUAAUGUUAAGUACAUCAGCUAUGGGAACUGUUAAGAUAUGGAAUAUAGAUGAUGGAAAUUGUGUAUGGACAGAAGAACUUCCAAUAAAAUGUGACAUAUUAGCUGGUGUUGGAUUUAAUGAUGGAAAUAUUGUAGUUUCCGGAACCAGUGGAGUUUUAUGUCAUUUAUGUUUACUUGGUAGAGCUGGAAGACCAUAUCUUAAAACUAUAUCUAUCCAAACAGACUCAAUGAUUUCUGAAAAAACAGUUUAA